UUCACGCCCCCAUGUGAAUGCGCUUGCGCGUCUUUUCACUGCUUGUGUGUACAUCCUGGUGAAGAUGGCGGCGCCUUGGAAGCUAAAGGGGAAAAAUAUUCAGUGGAGAGAUUCCUAAGACUUGGAGUAAUGGAAUGUAAAAAGGUGCAAAAAAUAAGCAGCAGGCGUUUAUACUAAAAAAAAGUAGGUCGGGAGUGGAUAAUUGUUAAACACAAAUAAAAGAGCAAGUGCUGCAUCGCAUCCUUAAAGGGACAGAAGCUUUCCUCUCAAGUCCGACGUGUUUUUUGUUGAGAUUUCUGACUUGACUGGGAGGGUUUUGGUACCCCAUCGGUGCAAGAGUGGGUUGUCAAUGAACAGGAGGCAGUUGCUACACUGUCAGGAUGCCCAUUUCCACCAGGCUAGAAAAGGAGACAACAGGUAUCGAGAGCUGAGAAUCGCCAUGCCUGCUAUGCCCUGAACGUGGGUGCCAGACAACGUGGCACAGGUUGGUUAAGCUGCCUUGGAAGUGCUCUCAAGUUUUAUUUUGUACACAGUUCAGCUAAAGGUUUAGAAGGGGAACACUUAAAUGUACUUUUUUUCUGCCAUGGCAGAGCAUACACCACCACCACUGGACAGCAGUCCGCUUUUAGGCACCGACAUGCCUCUCCUACCUGUACCAUUAGUGGGCGGCGAUGGAACACAGCAGGUUAUUUUGGUGCAGGUCAACCCGGGUGAAGCUCUUACAAUAAGAAGGGAAGAUGGUCAGAUUCAGUGCAUUGCAGGUCCUGCUCAGGUUCCCAUGAUGUCACCAAAUGGUUCAGUGCCUCCUAUAUUUGUGCCUCCUGGAUAUUUUCAACAGGUUAUUGAAGACAAUGGUGUUCGACGAGUACUAGUGAUACCACAAGCACCAGAAUUCCACCCUAGUAAUCACCCAUCAGUGCAUCCUACGUUGCCUGGCUUCAUUCCUCUUCCAUCAAUGCUGCCUGCUCCUCAUCAAAGACCUGUGUACUCACCAGUGACAGGAGCCACCGAUCUUGCUUCACAGUACAUCCCACAGUACCAUGUGCCGUACACAUAUGGAGAUCAGGAAUCACAUUCUCCCCAUGCAAGGUCCGGUUUUGCACAUAGAGACGAAAGAACUAGUAAAACAUAUGAACGACUGCAGAAAAAACUGAAAGACAGACAAGUUGGGCCAAAGGAUAAAAUGAACAGCCCACCACCCUCACCCCAUAAGAGCACAUCUCUUUCUGAUAUGCAAAAUGAACUUGAGAAAAGUCAGAACUCAGUGGGACUGACAACAGGACAAGUGAAGCCAAAACAAGUGGGAAAAGUAAAAGGCAGUCCACGAAUAGAUGCUGAAACACAAGAAAAAAAUGAGGAAACCAAAGCCCUACAAGCCCUUUUGUCAAGUGUUAACAAGCCCGUGGUGUCCGACAUUCAGGCACGUUCAGUGCUUCUUACAUGGUCACCUCCAUCCAGCGAAAUUAAUGGUAACAGUGAUAUAUCUAAACCCCCUAAAUCAUAUUGCUAUGAAGUAUUACUUUCAAGUAGUGGGAAAGAUGGAAGGUUCAAAACAGUUUAUAGUGGCGAAGAAACCAGCGUCACUGUGAAUGAUCUCAGACCAGCAACAGACUACCAUUUAAAAUUUGUAGCAGAAUAUAAUUCUUUACAAGGCACACCAUCAGAAGCUGUCAGUUUUACUACAGCAAGCUGCGAACCAGAUUCUCCAUUUCCUCCAAAGUUACUAAAUCGGACCAAAAACACUAUUACAUUGCAGUGGAAGCCACCUUGUGACAAUGGUUCAAAAAUUCACAGUUAUCUUUUAGAAUGGGAUGAGGGAAAAGGAAAUGGAGAGUUUUGUCAGUGUUUCUGCGGUUCUCAGAAGCAAUAUAAAGUCACCAAACUGGCUCCUGCUACAGAGUACACAUUUAGACUAGCAGCCAAAAAUGAUAUGGGACUAAGUGGCUUUUCUGAAGAAGUCCUAUAUUGCACCUCAGGCAGUGCCCCAUCAACACCAGCAAGUCCAGAGCUUAUUAAAGCAGGGGUCACAUGGCUAUCAUUACAGUGGAGCAAACCCUCAGGAACACCCUCAGAUGAAGGAGUUUCAUAUGUUUUAGAGAUGGAAGAUGAAAUCUCAGGUUAUGGAUUUAAGCCGAAAUAUGAUGGAGAUGAUCUCACCUCUACAGUUAAGAAUCUUAGGCGAAGUACAAAAUAUAAGUUUAGGGUUAUUGCUUAUAAUUCAGAGGGGAAGAGCAACCCCAGUGAUGCUGUAGAGUUUUCUACCAGUCCAGACAAGCCUGGGCCACCAUGCAAACCAGUAGUUAAAGGAAAAGUACAUGCCCAGAAUUUCAAAAUCACGUGGGAUCCACCAAAAGAUAAUGGAGGAACAGCAGUGUCAAAGUAUGUUGUUGAGAUGGCAUAUGGUUCAAAUGGGAACAAAUGGGAUAUGGUUUACAGUGGAAUUGUCAGGGAACACACAUGUGACCACCUUCAGCCAGGCUGUUCUUAUCGAAUCCGUGUGUACUGCAUCAGUGAUGGAGGACAGAGUCCGGCUUCAGAUGUCCUGCUGGUACAAACUCCAUUUGUUCCACCAGGACCCUGUCUACCUCCUAGGACUGUAGGUAAAGCAAGGGCAAGAGAUGUACAGUUAAGAUGGGCUUAUCCUCAAGUAGACGGUGGGUCGGACAUCACUUGUUUUAGCCUUGAAAUGUCACCUGCUGAAUUGGAUGAGCCCAGAGAAGUGCAUUUUGGGUCAGAAUUGGAUUGUACCAUAAGUGGCCUUCUUCCUGGGAAGACUUAUUGGUUUAUACUUCGGGCAGCUAAUAAAGCAGGGUAUGGACCAUAUUCAGAAAAAUGUGAAAUCACUACAGCUCCUGGACCACCUGAUCAAUGCAAGCCUCCUAUUGUGGUGUGCAGAUCAGCUACUUGCACAAUAGCAAACUGGGAGAUGCCUUAUGGUAAUGGUGCUGAAGUUACAGAGUAUCGUUUAGAGUGGGGAAGAGUUGAAGGCUGUAUGCAGAUCUGUUACUGUGGACCUGGUUUCUCUUACGAAGUAAAAGGACUUUUACCAGCAACUACCUACUUUUGUAGGGUACAGGCAGUGAACAUUGCAGGUGCAGGCCCAUUUAGUGAUGCUGUAAUGUGCACAACACCAGCUUCAGUUCCAGCUGCAGUGAGUUGCCUACGUCCAGCAGACAAAGACAAACUGGAUAGCCUGGAUUACUGCCCUUCUACUUGCCUUGCUAUCCAGUGGGAUAAACCUGAUCACCACGGUUCUGAAAUUAUUGGGUACAGCAUAGACUAUGGGGACAAGCAACUGAUUACAGUGGAACGAAUCAAAUGGUACAUCAUAAGAAACUUACAACCUGAUACAACAUUCAGGAUACGAGUUCAAGCUCUUAACAGCAUUGGUGCUGGUCCUUUCAGCCACACGUUAAAAAUGAAAACAAAGCCUCUUCCUCCUGAUCCUCCACGGCUAGAGUGCACAGUUUUCAGCCAUCAGACUCUCAAACUGAAGUGGGGCGAAGGUGCUGCCAAAACAGUCGCCUCAGACACCAUUCAGUACCAUCUUCAGAUGGAACAUACAAAUGGGCGGUUUGUGCCUCUCUACAGAGGACCAUCUCAUACUUACAAAGUGCAGAGGCUGAGUGAGUCUACAUCAUACAGGUUUCGCAUUCAAGCAUGUAAUGAGGCUGGUGAAGGACCCUUUUCUGAUGUUUACAUUUUUACUACUCUCAGAUCUCCCCCCACACCUCUUAAAGUUCCAGUGAUUAAGCGGCUUGAUGACCAUGCUUGUGAAAUUACAUGGGAGUCUCUACAACCAAUGAAGGGAGAUCCAAUCAUUUACAGUGUUCAAGCAAUGACAGGGAAGGAUUUAGAAUUUAAACAGGUAUACAAAGGUCCAUCUUCAUCAUUCCGGAUGUCAGGCCUUCAGCUAAACUGUGAACAUCGUUUCCGUGUCUGUGCCAUUAGACUUUGCCAAGACUCUGGAGGGCCUCAGGAGCUCAUUGGCCCUUACAGUGCCACAGUAACAUUCUUUUCUCAGAGGACUGAGCCACCAGCCAGCAUUAAUAAAGAGACUGCGGAGGCUACAAGGAGUCAACGGACACUGAGCGAUGAGCAAUGUGCUGCUGUUAUCCUUGUGUUGUUUGCAGUUUUCUCUAUUCUUAUUGCCUUUAUCAUUCAAUACUUUGUAAUUAAAUGAAGAGACAAAAUACUGUGUUUGAAUACCACCCUCCCUAACACACUUUUUUCUGCACCAUGUUGUGAAAUCAUUUUUUGUAACUUGUACUUAUACAAGUGCAGUGACUGCGGUGCUAUCAGUGCUGCAUUAGGAAUGAAAUCUCACAUUCUCUACACUGCUGCCUGCUGUUCAUAGGUCUUGUAGUGCUAACAAGAAGGUUGGCAGCUGUAAUAGAAAUGUGAGUUUACAUAACUUAGAUUUCAAUUGUUGAUCAGUGCCCCCUCAAGUGGGGGUGUGAGGGCUGUUUCCACAGUUAGGCAAUGCAGCACAUAUGAACUACAGCUGUAAUCGCAGUGUUAUUCCCCUUUUUUAAUAAAAAGCUACAACUUGGCUCAUACUGAAUAGAAGUAGUGCACUCUGAUGGAAAAUUUCUUUCAAGGAGCAAUAUUUUAUGAGUGAAAUAUUAUCAUGCCAAACACUAAACCCGAGUCUGAAUAUAAAAUACCAUAUUUCUGUCUCCUUAUAAAUGUCCCACAUUCACUAUUUUGUUAGGUGCAGUUAUAGUAGUUUGUAUAUGAACAGAGUUUGUCAGGCACUAGAUGUUGACUGUGAUGAAAAAUAUGCAAGAAAUUAACAGUUUUGUUUGAUACACACAUGAAUUUGCCACUGCAUCGAGUAAGACCAUAAAACUUAUCUGGCACAAAUCUGAAUGCAUAGCUUGCUUGCAUAAAUUCUGAAAAUGAAAAAAUAUAGCACACCCUACUAGCACAAUAUAAAAUAUGUCAGAAAGUUUUGUUUUUGGUUGGUUGGUUGAUUCCUUGGUAAUUUGGUUGUAUGUAUAAAAAAGUGAAUAUAUUUUUGAACAGAAUAUUUUUUUUUAAAUUGGAGCCAUUAAAAUUGUGUGGUUUUGUUCAUGCUUAUACCCCAAAUAUGUAUCAGUCCUUUAACUGUAAUUUGUGUAUAUAUUUAUAAAAUAGAUAUUAUAUAUUUGUUGAAUAACAUAAAUGUUGCUGCUCCUCCCCUUAAGUGUAGCAUUAGUACCAAACAAAGCUGCCAGUCUAAGGCAUCACACUCAAGAAAAAUGUAGUAAAUUUGCACCAGAAAUAUUCAGGCUGCUCUAUUUUUGAAAAUUAAUGUUUAAUGUGAUGUCUGUAAACCAUAAUGAAUUGUUAGCAUGUAGAUAGUGUUGCAUUAGAGCACUUUGCAGUUUGCAUAAAUCAUAAAUGUUAUGUAAGCUUGUGUUGUGUGUGGGUUCUUAUAUUACAAGACUGAGAUCUGUCAUCAUCCGCCAGUGAGCAUCUUGCAAGGUUUUGGCAACUGUUAGUCCAGGUUGCCAGUUUAGUUUAAAGUAAAAUCAUGACAAAAUAUGCAUUAAAAAAGAGGCUAUUUUCCUUUUAUUUCUUCUUUAUCUUUAUUGUAAGACACUUUCACUUGCAAUCAUUAGUGUUAUACAUAGUGCAAUUUUGUUAAUUUUAUAAUUAUCUUCUUGUUUUAUUUAUUACCUGUAUGUUUAUUGAAUCACAGAUGGGUUUUAGUUUUUUAACGUGUAGCUCUUUAUUUUAAUAAUUCUGUGUACACCACCUUGUUUAAUGUUAAUGGAAGUGUAUGUUUAGUGCUUUGAGGUUUCUCUAGUGUACAUUUCCUGCCAUCAGUAAUAAGGCCUUUAAUUUCUUGUACUUUUUAUGUAUAGUGUAAUAUUCAUGUUACAUAAUAUAUCUUUGUUAUUAAUUAAAAUGGUUGAUUGGGCCUCAAAGUGCAUAUGGUUAUUUGUGUGUAAAACGUGCUGUAUGUUUACAGUUAUUUGAUGUACAUUCAUUCAAAUCUGUCACCUUCCUGAACUAGCUUCUGUUUUGUCACAUAACAUUAUCAGUCCAUUGCAUUGUCACAGUCUGGCUCAGCGAAUUUUUAUAUACUAUUGGUGCCAUGUUCCAUGGUAUAAAUGCAUUAUGAGGUUAUGAUAUAUUCUGAUACCAUAUUGUGGAAUGCCUAAAUUAGAAAGAGUUGUUACUGCAGAAGGCUUAUGUUUUUCAUAGUAAAAUUCAGAUGAAUUCCUAUUUUUGAUAGUAUGUCAUUGAAAACUGUGUAUUUGCCAUUGAAAUCUCAGUGCAUCUUGCUGCAGUGAGAAAAACAAUUUUUAAUGUAAUUUUAAUGUUUGCAGUUACCUCAUAUACUGUACAUUCCAAAAAAGUUUUAAAAUAUUAUAAAUACCAGACAUAUCACUUUAAAAUUGUACAAUGUUGGACUUCAUACAAAUGAAAUGUAUAUCUCAUGAAUAUGUACCUAAAAAACAUAAAUGAAGCUCUGUACUUAAUAUAUCUUCAGAAAAUAUGUGCAGAAUAAAACCUGUAUCAUUCUU